GAUUGCUGAGUUGUGCCUCGGAAAUUAAGAUGAUAUUUUUGGCGCAUCACGAUAAGGAGGCGACUGGACACGUGACCUAUGAUCGGCGCAUUUCGCGGAGAUCCAAAACAACCCUUGAGGACAACUUCGGCAAUGCCAUCAAUUGUGCCAUUGACAAUUAUGACCUGACCUCGUUAAAGCCCAUCUUCUUUGUUCAAGUCGCUCGUUUAAACCUUUCACACCCCGUGAGAGCAUGACCUCUCACUUGCCUUCGUGUUGAUCGUCUCCACCUUCCCUUAUCCCGGCGGCAAGCGAUGAAGUAGCCAACAGCAGUUCCAUUACUCCAUAUCCUCUCCAACUCCAAAACAGAGCCAUGAGUUACGCAUAUUCCCAUAACCAAGGAGCUGUUCCUUUCCGCCCCUCACACCGAGAUCCCUUCGCCGAACAUCCAAGUCUAUCAGAGCGGGUACGGGAGGCGCUACCGCCAUGGGUCGGACAAUGGCUUCAGAUUCACCGAUACCGUCAGCUGGGUGAAAUAAGCAGGAAUGAUGUGCGAUCGUUUGCUAGGAAUUCUUCCAGAAGAAUGUUUACUGUCGCCAAUGGGUUGAUUCUGUUGUGGGUUUUUACCUUGUGGUGGGGAGAACGGACUGUGUUUCAGGAUAGCUUCGAGACUUGUCUUUGGGAGAGUUGGGAGAAGUGGCCUCAAGGAGCCACGCCGCAUCAUGUCGCCUUCAUCGCCGACCCCCAACUCGUCGAUCCCCACACCUACCCCGGUCGACCGUGGCCUCUUUCCUCCCUCACCGUCAAAUAUACAGACCAGUACAUGCGACGAUCGUUUUCUAAAAUCCAACAAAACCUUGCCCCAGACUCGGUGUUAUUUCUGGGCGACCUCUUCGACGGAGGCAGAGAGUGGGCAACAAGGACAACGUCGAGUCCUGAGGACCAGUAUAAGAAGUACCAAGAUUCAUUCUGGAAGAAAGAGUUUCACCGUUUUGCCAAGAUAUUCUCGAACCAGUGGAAUGAGGGAGACUCGCACUCUGUCGAACCCCGCGGCCGACGGAUGAUUGCUAGCUUGCCCGGGAACCAUGAUUUGGGAUUCGGAUCGGGUAUUCAAAUACCGGUUCGGGAUCGAUUUCAGUCGUUCUUUGGAGAUGGGAAUCGGGUGGAUGUUAUUGGGAAUCAUUCGUUCGUGUCCGUUGACACGGUGUCAUUGAGUGCGAUGGAUCAGCCGGAUCCGAAGACUGGUAGUACUGGUGCUGGGUCUGGGGAUGGACAACGGCCGAAUGAGCAGAUUUGGAAGGACGCAGAGAACUUCUUGAAUACGAUGAAAGAGCACCGCGGUAAAUCAGAGAUGGAGGCACUGCGAAUGCUACAGAAUCAGAGUCAAGGCCAUUUUCUAUUCCAACACAGGGUUGCCGAUAUCCACGAGCCUUCACUGUACUACAAACCCGAGCCUCAGAUUAUCGGGUUUCCUACGAUUCUUCUGUCGCAUGUGCCAUUGUAUCGCAAGGCAGCUACGCCGUGUGGACCUUACCGAGAGCACUAUCCCCCGUCGUCAGCAGAUGAAGAAUUGGAGCAGGAUGAGCCGAAUGCUCUUAAAAUCAGUGGCGGAUACCAGUACCAGAAUGUGCUCACGCAAGCCAUCUCGAAUGACCUGGUUACGAAAGCCGGACCAAACCUCGUUCAUAUAUACUCCGGAGAUGACCAUGAUUAUUGCGAAAUCUCUCACCGUGAAUUCAACGGCUCCCCAAAGGAAAUCACAGUCAAGAGUCUGUCCUGGGCCAUGGGUGUCCGACGUCCGGGCUUCGUCCUGACAAGCCUGUGGAAUCCAAUUGACCCUACCACUGGGCAGUCUCUCCAACAGACCGGUUUCGGGGAUACCGUCCAGAAUCACCUAUGCCUCCUCCCCGACCAACUAUCUAUUUUCAUCUAUUACGGCCUCAUCCUGGGCCUCUCCCUAGUCGCCCUCUUCAUGCACUCGAUAGUCAUCACCAUCUACUUCCCCGAACAAACCACCACCAGCCCUAUCCUCCCUCUCUCUGAAAACCGUUCUGAAUACCCCAUGACCUCCCACCCCACAACAUCGAGUACGUCCAGCUCGAAGCACAGAUCACCAGACGGGCUUGCUAGCCGCGGCAGUAACGGCCCUUCUCGUUCCCCGCCCGCGAAGGGAUACUACGAACCCUAUCUCGAGGACGAUAAUCUCGAUACCUCGAAAUGGAAGAGCUCAAGGAGCAGGACGGGAGAGUCUCUGUCAGUCACACAUAGGAUUGCGCGCGCGUUUACGGACGAUGUCAAAUAUGUGGCCAUGGUUGUGCUGGCUUGGUAUUUCUUUCUUAUCUUGCGAUGGUAGAUUUGCAUGUAAUCAUUAGCCAAAUAAUAUUUUGAGCUUUUCUGUCCAUCUUAUGGUG